AACAGUAGAAAUUCAUAUUACAUGAAACAAAACUACGUCCAUAUGAUUUGUGGACUGUUUUAUUAGUUGGACCGACAUGUUUUAUCAAGUGGUUGUUCUUGUCAUUUGUCAAUUAUACCAUCACCCAAAAUAUCUUCUUCCAACUCCUGCAGAUUAAAAAAUACUCAUCCUCUUCCAAGUCCAAUCAAAGAAACAAACCAAACCAAUUUACUUACUUUCAUUCAUUAAAAAAAGUGUGCAACUUCAAAUGACAUUCCCAAAGGAGGGUUGGAAGCAGAGCAAGAGUACAUUCCUUACUAUAUUUGGAAAAACAAAUAAAAAAUAUUAGUUAAUUAGGCAGAGCUGAGGUUGCAUGGCUAGCUUUGCAGUAGAUUGGGUGGUAUCAGGGGUUGCUAAAAUCCUGAUUGAAGAGUAUGCGGUGUUGGGGGAUGCAGCGAGACACGUAGAAUGGAUUGAGAAAGAGCUGAGGUCAAUGAUGGGAUUGUUAGAGCAGAUUGAACAACGCGGGGAAGGCGAACAGGAACAAGCGUUGCGAGAAUGGGCAGAGAAGUUGAAAGAUGUUGCUUUGGAUGCAAAGGACGUGAUAGAUACGUUUGUGAUAAAAUCAGUGAAGAGGAGGAGGUGGGGAGUUUUGCAUUGGUAUGACAAAUACAAGGUUGGAAAAGAGCUGGAGAAGAUCCGAAAGAGGAUGAGAGAUAUCUCUCAGAAAAUAAUGAACUUAAAUUUGGAUGUUAGUAUCUCCGUUGAAACUCCAGUUGUAGGAGGAGAAGCACCAACACCUUCCAAUUCUGCCAUCAUAGUAGUAGUAGCUAUGGAGAAGCUUGAUCACAUUCUGAGAUGUCAAAAUUUAAUAACCAGUAAUAAGGUGAUCAAGAUGGUGGAGGAAGUAAAAGAUGGGCUCAAAGACCUGCAAAAUACUGUGUCUAAAUUGAAGUCAACAAAUGAAAGAGAAAUUGUGUGGUUGGAACAGGUGAACGAAGUUUGUGAUUACAUGGCAGAAGUUGCUGAAGAUUUCAUUGCAAGAAGAGAAAAAUGGUUCCAAAUGAGUAGUCGUCGUCUUAGUCUUAUGAGGAAGGUCCUUUAUCACGAUACUUCCUCAUGGGAAUUUAAGAAGCAGAUGAAGCAUGUUAGUAUUCAAAUUGGAGAUGCACUUGGCAGAAGUUUGACUUAUGAAGUUGUGGGAGUGGGAGACAUGAAUGAAAGAACAAAAAGAUCAACACCCGUUCAAGACUUGUCAAUGGAGAUUUUGAUAAUAUCAGAACUCAUCCCUUUCUCUAUUGCUUAUACUGCUGAAUUGUUUCUUCUGAGUCAUAUUAGUAGUAAAAGUGUUGGCUUGGCAGGGGUCAUCUUAAUUGUAGUAAUAUCUCAAGCUUUCGGAAUUGUUUCAAUACGAGGACCAGUAAGAGCACGUAAACUGAAUCAAAAAAAAGGAGCAAUAUUAAGGCUGCUGACCUCGAGCUUCUUCACUUACUCUUUAAUUCUUUUAGUGAUUUUCAUCUUGUUAUUUUUUAUCCCGUACCAGAUAGCACUCCUAUUCCAAUUGAGUUCCCCGCUGUAUCAAGUUAUUGUCUGGAUUGUGAAGUUGUGCAGGUCCAUGGAUAAUAAUUUGCAGUGUUUGCAAAGAGAUUUAGAUCUAAUGCACGUGUUUCUUAGGGACACUGCUGAAAGUGCAGAAAGCAUGAAUGAUAGACAGAGAGUAUGGGUUGACCAACUGAGAGUUGUGGCUCAAAAUGGUCGCUCCCUUGUUGAUGCUGCUGGUAAUGGUGGUUGUUGGAGCAGAAAAACUAAGUUUGCCAAGGACAUCAACUGCUUGUUGGAAGAGAUUCUUAAUAUCUCACACAGGAAGACUACUUAUAGCAUUGCAAAUAUUAUUCAAGGAGCAACACAACAAGAGCUUGUACGUUCUGAGGAACAUCCAGAACCAGCUGCCUCGUCCUCCUCAUAUCGACCUGUCACAGGGCUCAAACAGGAAGUCCAAUCAAUCAGAAGGGAAAUGGAAUUGAUGGAUGCACUGCAUCAAGAUAUACGAGACAGGAGUGAAAUAGAUAGAAGAUCUAGAAUCUGGGUGGACCAAAUGCAAGGUAUUGCCGAUGAAAUUGCAUCUGUCAUUCGCGACUAUGAUACCAAAUUGAAGCAUAGGUCGAUUCUCGUUUACACCUUCAAGUACUGGACCCGACAUGUUAUUAGUAACAAGAUCAAUGCUAUUAGAAACAAAAUUGAAGAUGCUUCCAGAAGAAGAAGGGCAUAUGGUUUGGGCAAGUCAAUAGAGUCCUCAUCGUCCACCGUUCACAUACUACGCGGAACCACACAAUUGUCUCUCGUUGCUAAGGAAUCCGAUGUUGUUGGAUUUGAUGAUGAUGCACAAGUUCUGAUGGCUCAGUUACUGUCAGAUGAGAGACGUCGCUGCAUUACUUGGAUUGUUGGAAUCAAAGGCACGGGCAAGACAACGCUAGCCAAGUUGAUAUUUCAAGACAACACUGUUAUAAGUCAUUUUGAGUGUCGCCUAUGGGUGUCGCUACCAUCAAACUCUAACUCAAAUUGUACGGCACAACAACUUCUUGAAGAAGUUGCCAAGGAGGCUACCAAGAAAAUAAAGGGAAACUCGUCGAGUGAUCCCACCGUGCUAGAAACCUUGGCGCGCACAAAGUAUCUCAUAGUUGUUGAUGGCAUAAAAGAAACUUCACAAGUGUACUUGUUGGAUGCUUUGAAAGAGGCCAUACCCGAUAUGUCAACCGGCAGCAGACUUCUUCUUACCACUCGCAAUGCUAAUGCAGCCCACCAUAAAGCUGGUGGUACUAUAACAUUUGUUCACCCACUACAGUUAUUAGAUGAUGAAAGUAGUUGGGUUCUUUUUACAAGAUAUUUGAAGGUGGACAGUACCCCGGAGCUAAUCAAGAUUGGAAGAGAAAUUGUGAUAAAAUGUGGUGGCCUGCCAUCCCAAAUAUUAAAAAUGAGUCGGUUACUUUCACAUAAAGAACACACCACACAUUAGGAGUGGUCAACUGUGCUCAAGGAAGAUCAAAUACAAAUCUGGUCUGAGACGCUUAAAGCAAUCAAGAAUCACUUACCUAUGUAUCUAAGGGGAUGCCUAUUUUACUUUGGGUUAUUCCCUGUUGAAUUUGGGAUUCCUGUUAGAAGACUCGUUGCUUUGUUGGUAGCAGAGGAACGUGUACAUCACGGGGAACAUCAAGAGCCCCCAGAGCAAGUAGCAAAGCGGUACUUGACAGAGUUGAUAGAUCAGAACCUCGUUCAAAUUGCUGAGAGAAAGCGCAAUGGCAACGUCAAAACAUGUCGCCUCCCCUAUGCUUUGCGACAACUCUGGUGGACAAAAGCUAACGACUCCAUAUUUCUUAAAUCCCAAAGUGCUUCCACCGAUUCCAACGCAGACCCAAAAAACUGCAUCAUACGCUGGGUGACAGAUCAUCUUAAUACCGAUCAUAUCUGGUACGAUCAUAUUCAUGGUGAGACUGAAAGCACUAGUAGGACUAAUUCAUCGUCCCUGAGAGCCUACUACAAAGAUGUUCUCUCACUUUUGUCCUUCGAUACACGAGAGGGAAGUAAACCUGGCCAAGAGAUAGGAUACUUCAUGAAGGAAUCUAUUUCAAGUGAUUGCUUCUUACUCCUGCGGGUUCUUGAUCUUGAACGUGUUUACAAGCCCAAAUUGCCUAAAAGCAUAGCAAGACUAUCGCAGCUGAGGUACCUUGGUUUAAGAUGGACUUACUUAGAAUCACUUCCGUCAUUUAUAAGUAAGUUGUUGAAGCUGCAGACACUUGAUCUUAAACAUACUUACAUACAUGCUCUACCACACUCCAUUUGGGAGAUGGAACUAAGACACUUGUUCUUGAGCGAGACUUUCCACAGCAGAUUUCCACCACAACAAAAAGAUCAUUUGUCCCACUUCAGAUUUCUUCUACCUCAGCUAAGAGAUAAUUUCCUGUAUGAUCUCCAAACACUCUGGGGACUGUUUGUAGAUGAGGAGACUCCGGUGAAGGAUGGCUUGGACACAUUGAUCAAUAUCACAAAAUUGGGAUUAGCAUGCCAAUCAAUGUCAUUACAGCCAGCGGCAAUGAUAACACAACUUGUGGCUGUGGCUGAUUGGAUUGCGAAACUAGAACACCUUCAAUCACUGAGACUAAAAUCAAGGGAUGAAGAAGGGAAACCUUGGAUUUUAUACUUGCAGUCCUUCAAGAAUAAUGUAAAUCUCACUGACAUGUAUUUACUAGGAAGAUUUAGCAGUUCAUCUAUCCUGUCCCAAUUUCCGAAAAGCCUUGUUGAGCUUACCCUGUCACAUUCCAAACUAGAGGAGGACCCCAUGCAACUUUUGAAAGAAUUAUCAAAUCUUCGGAUACUAUCUCUGCUGGCAGACUCUUACAUAGGACAAACCAUGUUUUGCCAAUCUCAAAUCUUUCCUCAGCUUCAUGUAUUAAAAUUUUGGAAUCUGCAGCAUUUUGAUGAAUGGACUAUAGAGCCAGGAGCACUCCCGUGUCUCAGACAACUCGAAAUCAGAUCAUGUCCUCACCUAAUAAUGCUUCCUGACGGACUAAAGCAUGUCAACACUCUGCUUGAGUUGAAGUUAACAAACAUGCCAAUGGAUAUCAAUGCUGAGGCGCAUAACAUCCCACCCAAUUGUCUAGUGGUUAAAACUAAUCUUCAGUAGAAUAUAUUUCCAUCACUGCACAACAUGUGAGCUAUUGGAAUUUAUCUAUUGUGGCUUGUUCUG